CACAAAUCGCUUGGACCAUGCUGCGCCACUCGACGCUGCUCCUCGCGCUCGCAUCCUUUGCCGCGGGCGAUGUCACGACCGUCGCGGCGCCGUACGUCGACCACGUCCUCAAUGCGCGCGGCCUAGGCGCUCUUACCUAUGCGGGCACUCGCGUCAACGUCGACUCGGUGCUGGAGGCGCACCCGGAGUGCGAAAAGUGCUCGGCCGCCACGCCGUGUGGACACAAAUCGUUUCUGGGCGUUGGCUCGUGCGUCGGCUCGCUGACGCGUGAGGUCUCGGCCGGCGUCAACGUCCAGUUCUGCGCCGGCGCCGACGUGUGCUGCGGUGGCACGUGCCGCAACAGCCACAAACCGGUCCUAUCGUGCACGUACUUGAACAGCAACGUCAAGGCCGAGGUCGAUGUGCUGACGUACAAGAGCGCACUCGACAUGCUGGGCUUUAUUGGUGCCGGCGUGUCGCCGCCCCAAGCAAGCAUCGACGGCCUCUUCAACGGCCUUUUAACAGGCGACGUGAUGGCGCCACGCUGCUCGACCAACUGCAACGGAUGGAGCGCCCAGGGCAGCAUUCAGCCCGUCGCCUGCGCAUCGUCCUGCGGCUGCACGGCGCAGCCGCUCACGACGUUUGAAUCCGGUACGUCGUACGUCUGCGAGCUCAAGCCGACGACGCCGGACGCUGACAGCUUCUUCUCCACGGGCGACGUGACGCUGACCAAGAGCGCGUCCUUUGGCGCCCAUCAAGGCAAGGCGGUGUGUCCGUCCGGAUACCUCUGCAACAACCCGUCCAAGUGCUUGACGGCGAGUGCCUAUGCAGCACUUGCGCCGUCGACCCAAUCCGAGUCGACUCAAUCCGAGUCGGCCAAGACGACGUCGAGCACGUCGAGUGGUCUCUCGACCGGCGGCAAAGUCGGCAUCGGCAUCGGCGUGAGUGUCGGCGUUGCUGCCAUUGCGGCUGCCGCCUUCUUCAUCCGCCGCAAACAGCUUCGCGACGAAGCGGACCACGGUGGCGCCUACCAGGCGAUGGAUGCAAGCGAUGCGUAGUAGCUGCCGUCGACAUCAAGUGAAUGCCUUAGCUGUUGUAAAAUGACCUCGAAACACUGCUUUGAUGUCAUUUCCAAUGCCAGAAAUGCGCUAGUAGAAGA